AUGCGCGGCCUCGGAGCCGUGUUCGGCCUCCUCUCGAAGCUGACAUCAGGGAACGAGGACGACCCGAUCUGCCUUUCGUCAUCCGACGACGAGGCCCCGCCGCCCCCGCGCUCGACUCAGCAACGGCGACAAUCGGCGCCCUCGUCCAAAGGAAAGGGCAAGCAGAAGGCGACUGAUGACGGCUAUGCCUCCGACGCAUCCCAUGCAUCGACCAACUCGGACAUCUCGCUCACGGACAUUCUGAAUAGCAGUCAGAAUGCUCACACCAAGUCCAAGUCGAAGAGCGGCACGCCCAAGACAGACUCUGACGAUGAUCUGCCCUCGCACGCGACACCGACCGCCGGUCCGUCGUCAGCUCGGAAACCCUCUGCGUCGCAGACGCCGUCCCAGAAGCCGCGCACACCGUUUACUCAACCGACGGCGAAGGCCAAGCACCCCGGAUCUGAUUCGAAACAGCGCAAGCUCUCCGAUAUGUUUAAGGACACACACGGAGCAGGAUCGUGGUCCAACCCGACUCCGCUGAUCCCGGCGAAGCCGAAGCCCAAGGACAAGGAGCCAGAGAAGGAGAAGGCGAAAGCCCCUCCUGGACCACCGCCAGGAAGCUGGGGCAACCCGGAACCUCUCAUCACUUCCACGCCAUCGAAAGCGAAGCCAGCUCCCGUCGAGCCCACCCCGCCACCCAAGGCUGCGCCCCCGCCAGUCGCGCCCGGCAGCUGGGGCAACCCAGAACCACUGAUCCCGAACCCGCCAUCCCAGCGGAAGCGGGGGAAGGAAGACUCUGUUCCUUCUGAUGCCGAGCCAACACCAUCAAAGCCGCCGCCUAAGAAACCUCGCACUAACGUCACGAAGACGACAGCGCGCAAGAGUGUCGGCGGUCGUAAGAUGAUGGCUGCGCUUGCUGCUCAGCGGUCUACAUCUGCAGCCUCGUCUCCUCAGCCAUCAUCAUCUCGGGACUCACCAGCGUCACCUGCGCCGCCCGCAGUCCCCUCGCCAGCCAGAGCUGGACCCAGCUGGAACACGCAGCCCGAUCCUGCUCCGACUCGAGCUAGGGAAUCGCCAAUUGCAUCGGCAAGCGUGCAAGCACCUCCUGCUGUGGAAGAGGACUACGAAGCGCCACUGCCGAGUCUGGUUCCUUUCGCCUCUCAGAGAGCUGCAGCGGAUUCGCCUACAGCUGAUGCGACCCCGAGUGCAGGUGCCGACCCAUUAUCCUCCACACUCCCGCCAGCCGCCCAAACCCUUGCCAGUCAGGAGCGCCACCGAACACCUCCGCCUGCGCAACUCGAUGCCGAGAUGGACGAGGACGAAAGCGAGGAGAGUGCGGAGAAGGCCGAUGAGGAUGCCUCAGGCUUCCAGCUCCCCGCUCUGCGCCCUCACAAGGGCAAUCUGUCGUCGACGAGCGAGGACGGAGACGUUAUUCGGACGCCAGAGGACGACGGCGAGGAAUCGGAAGACGACACGGUCACACGACCAGUCAUCGAGGUGCCUCCCGGCGACACCGAGGAUUACAUCACCAACGUGAUCAAUAAUCCCGGUCGGAGCAUCGAUGUCAUUCUCGGCCCUGAUCCACCGAAGGAGCCCUCCGUCGUCGUCCCGUUCGGUGGACAAGCUGUACCCGUCUCCGGUGUCGCUCGCCGUCUGGAGCAGCCACCGGAAGGACUGCGAGGGAAGGCGCGGCGCGAGGUCAGCGACGAGAUUAUCGAGUACAACAUCGUCAUGCGCAACCUCACUAGCAAUCCGGAGCUGCAAUGCGAGGUCUUCUCGGGCUACAUCGGGCAAGCGACAGCGCACGACGAGCCCUUUGCGCCCGAGAUCCGCGUCGUCAACAAGGUCGACAACCCGGGCAAGCCGCCUGCGUUCGAGUUCGUCUACUCCAACGAGAUGCUGUAUCAUGAGGGCGUCCCGGACCCGGAGCUCGGAACGGGCUGCGACUGCGAGGGGCCCUGCGACCCCAACUCGAAGACCUGCAGCUGCGUGAAGCGCCAGGAGCUGUACUUCUACGGCCUCUCGGGCCUGUCUGGAUUCGCGUACGACGAGAACGAGCGGGUGAAGAACACGGGCUGUGCGAUCUGGGAGUGCUCCGAGACCUGCGGAUGCCCACCCGAGUGUCUAAACCGUGUUAUCUCGCGAGGAAGGAAGGUCCCGGUCGAGCUGUUCAAGACGGCUUACAAAGGAUGGGGAGUCAGGGCGAAGACGGACAUCCCGCGUGGACAGUUCAUUGGCGUGUAUGCGGGUGAGAUGAUCCCCGACGCCGAGGCCGAGUCACGCGGUAUCCAGUACGAGAAGCUCGGCCGCACGUAUCUCUUCGAUCUUGACGGCUGGCACAUGAGCAACCCGCCCGAGGGGCUCGAAUUUGUCGACCCGCGCCUCUACAAGACGGCGAGGGAGACAAGGCGGCGCGCGAAGCGGGCAGAGCGCGAGCGCACAGAUGUCAAGCCGGCGGACGGGCUGCUGUCUGGGACGUACAGCGCAUACUCGGUCGACGCCUUCCACACGGGCAACUUCACGCGGUUCAUUAACCACUCGUGUGACCCGAACCUCUCCACCACUCAGGCGUACUUCAAGGACUUCCACCCGGAGCGUCCUUGCCUGGUCAUUAUUGCUCGCCGCAACAUCCGCCAGGGCGAGGAGCUCUGCAUCUCGUACAAGGGCGAGCCUGAGGACGAGCCGGACAGCUGGGCCGUGCCCCUCAACCCCACGUCGCACAAGCAGAGCAAGACGAGCGCCAAGGCGCACUUCAGUCCCAAGAAGGUCUCGGCCAAGGACGACCAUUGUCGAUGCGGCGCAUACAACUGCGACGGCAAGAUGUUCGGAUAG